CGGACUUAAUUUUUAACUGAUCUUUGACAUGGCGUAACGACAUUUGCUUGCUCGAAAAGAAGAUAAAACCCUGAUAAAAUGGUUGCUUGCUCACAAAAUACAUUCACAUCACACUGCUUUUACUUUACAACCAUCUUCGCAUCUUGCUUUUGCUCUCAUCUUCUCGGCGAAUUCCCUGGCAAUGACCGAGAUGAGCGGAGCGAAGGCGGCUAGCCUCGCCUUGCGCAUCGUGGCGCUGGCGCUGUCGGUGGGCGCCGCCGUCGUGAUGGGCAGCGUGGUCUCCUACAGCAGCGCUCUCGUCUACUUCGUGGUGGGCAGCGUCAUCUCGGCCGUCUGCUCGGCGCUGGCGCUCUACCUGUUCGUCGUGCACGGGGGCGGCGGCUCGAUCGCCGUGUCGCUCCUCGACGCCGCCGCGCAGGCCCUCCUGUUCUCGGCGUCCGGCGCGGCGCUCGCCGCGCGCGGCUGCUUCGCCGGCGGGGCGGGCGCGUUCCGCGGGAGGGUGGGCAUCGCGGCUGCCGUUGGCGCGUGCGCGGCCGCGGCCGUCUUGGUCGCGGCGCUGGCAGGGAACGCGCCCUCCCGCACCCGCGGCGGGGGCGCUGCCGGUGGCUCUGGCUGCAAACACGGAUGCUCUAGCCCCGGCUGCUAGCAAUUGACAGGGUCGGUACAAAGAUUCAGUGUGUACAACUGUAGAAUUGAUUGAUGAUGCAUUGUAUUUUGCUCUCUUACUGAAUGAUUGAUGGGUGGAUACUUGUUGUCUAGUUGUUGCUGUUGCGGUUGUAAGAACGUCAACAGAGAUGUUUGCGUGUGUUUGAUGCAAGUACGGUGUUACAAAAAAGCAUUUACAUGAAAAUUUUGUAAAAUAUUAAAUGCGUAUAGAAAAAUUGUUUCUCAUGUA